UUGAUAAGGACUACUUUAAGAUACGUAGUUGAUAUUGUUUUCAUAAUUUCUUGUGUACAACGCCUAAACUUUAGAUCAAUAAUCGUUUUCGGAAUAACUUUGGAAUUUACUAAAUAAUUACUAUGUCAAGAUAUAAAAAUUUAUAUCCAAUCUUAACAAAAGUAAUCUGCUUUUCAAGUGAUUUGUUGAAACCAAAUCGAAUAAAAGUUGCGAGAGAGAUCACACAGAUACAAUUUCCAAGAAACUUAAUAUUUAUUUCUACCGGUUUAGCAUUUUUGUGGCCCAUCAAAAAGUCUAAAGAACCUAUAGACCAAGAAAAAUUGAAGAAACUAUCUGUGAUUGAUGACUCUGAUGAGCUGUUUGAAAACGGACAUUAUGAGGAAUGCUAUAAUUUACUCAAAAAUUAUGAGGAAAACCAGGACAUUGAAAUUCAAUGGCGUAUCUGUCGUGCAUUAUACAACAUGGCAAAAGAAUCUAAGUAUAACAAUGCACAAAAAAAGGAUUUCAUAUUUCAAGCAUAUGAGAUAAUUUGCAAGCACUUAAAUAACAAUGAAAAUAAUUUUGCAGUGCACAAAUGGUAUGCUCUAAUUUUAGAUGCAAAAAGCCAUCACAAUGGCAUAAAAGAGAGAAUUCAACAACUUGAGAAUGUUAAAAAACAUAUGGAUCUUGCAGUAACACUAAAUCCCAAUGAUGCAACAACUUUACACAUGCUGGGUGAAUGGUGCUACCAAAUAACUGAGAUGCCGUGGCAUCAAAGGAAGAUAGCAGAAGUCUUGUUUGCAUCCCCACCUCAUUCAACAUAUGAGGAUGCUUUAGAAUAUUUUCUUAGGGCUGAAACUAUACAACCAAGAUUUUACAGUGUCAAUUUACUCAGAUUGGGCAUAUGUUAUCAUAAACUGGGAAAAGAGGAUCAAGCUAAAUAUUACUUAAAACUUGCAGCAAGUUACCCUGCAAAAUCAAAUGAUGAUCACUUAGCCAAUAAAGAAGCUGCUGAAUUGUUGAAGAAACUAAAAUAGUUUUGUUUAAUAUAAAACUAAAUAUAGAUGCUGUACUUGAUAUCUGUAAUUACAAUGUUUGUAUUACAUAAGUCAAAAUAAAAUUUUGUAA